AUGUCACAGGGAAAAACAGCAGCCCGCGAAGCUGCCAAGCCCCAGGAUCAGGGAUGGGCAUGGAUGGUCCUGCUCGCCGCGGUGUUGCUGCAGGGGCUGACGCUGGGCUUCCCCGCCUGCAUCGGCGUCUUCUUCACGGACCUCCAGCUUGAGUUCCAGGCCAGCAACAGCGAGACAUCGUGGUUCCCAUCCAUCAUGGUGGCCGUGCUGCAUGGAGGCGGGCCCCUCUGCAGCAUCUUGGUGAAGCGAUUUGGCUGCAGGUUUGCCGUGAUGCUAGGAGGCCUGCUCAGUGGCGUGGGCAUGGUGUCCAGCUCCUUCUGCAAGUCCAUCAGCCAGCUGUACUUAACAGCUGGCCUCAUCACUGGUCUGGGAUCGUGUUUCAGCUUCCAGGCAGGAGUGACUGUGCUGGGCUACUACUUUGUACGGUGGCGAACGCUGGCCAAUGCCAUCGCAUCCACUGGUGUCUCUCUCGGCUUUACACUGUGGCCGCUGCUUUCUCAAUACUUGCUGGAUGAGAUGGGCUGGAGAAACACUUUUCUUAUCUUUGGAGGAAUCCUGUUGAACUGCUGUGUUUGUGGAGCCAUCAUGAGACCAGUUCAGCUUGCACCCAGGUCGCCACUACAGUCACCCAAGCCUGCAGAGGAGACAGGGAGAAGGGCAGAAGGGGCACAACUGUCCAAUGGAGCAUCUUCUCCCCACCCCAAGCUCCAGCAGCAAACCAGAAGGACUGCAUGCUUCCAGGUGCUGCAGAAGUACCUGGCUUUUGACAUCUUCUGUCAAAACAAAGGUUACCAGAUUUACACUAUUGGAGUGACCUGGAUGAUGAUGGGGUUUGCUUUACCUCAUGUUUACCUUGUGCCUUAUGCCAUCAAGAACGGAGUGGAGGAACGCAGGGCAGCCCUCCUCAUCUCUGUUAUCGGUUUCAUCAACAUCUUCAUACGCCCUUUUACAGGGCUGCUCUCAGGCCACAGAGUCUUCACAGGGAGACGCAUCUACCUGUUCAGCCUGGCUGCGCUCCUCUGCGGGCUGAGCAACUUCAUUUGUGUCAUUUCGGCUGAGUUCAGUGUGCUCAUCAUCUACUGCGUCAUCCUCAGCAUAGCUAUGAGUGGCAUUGGGGCACUCACCUUCCAGGUGCUGAUGGAUGUGGUGGAGAUGGACAGGUUCUCAAGUGCUCUCGGACUCUUCACCAUCCUGGAGAGUGUCACACUCCUCAUCGGACCCCCUCUCACAGGUCUCCUGGUGGACAUAACUGGCGAUUUCCACUAUGUCUUCUACAACUCCAGUUUCUUCCUGAUAUCAGCUGCAUUAUUCAUGGGAAUCAGCUUCUGGACUCUGGAAAAGAAAAACAAAUCGAAAGAGGCUUCGAAAGUAGCUUUGGAUAAUCCCCCCAGACAUCAGUACAAUGAAAUACCAACUGAACCACAGUCUGAAAGUCUGUCCCCUCCAGCAGUUGUGCACAUCACAAGCAUAUGA